ACAACAUGAAAACACUAUUCAUUUUUAUAGGAAUUUUCAUAUUUCUCCUAUUCGAGGAUGUGGGCCAUGUACAAGCAGCUGCUGUACUGUGUCCUGAAAGCAAACCAACUGUAGACCUGGCGGACCAUAAAGCACUUGCAGACAAUAGCACCGAUGAAUACGAUGUCAAAAAUAACAACAACAACAACAGAGAAGGAAAUAAAAAUUCAUUAAAUAAACUAUUCCACAACAUACAAUGUACUUUGGAAAAAGCUAAACCCUGGGUGGCUGAAUUGCAACAGGAAGCCAAACGUUUGGAAGAAGCUGCUAAACUUUUAGGUUUAGGCAUCUUAAAUUCAUUCGGUGAAUUUGUUGAUAAAUUGGUGGAAGAAAAUGCUGAGACACCGACAAAUUUCCCAGAUAAUUCUACACUUACUGCAGAGAAUUCAGGCAAUUCAACGGAAAUUGUUAGUGAAGAAAUUUCACAGUAUUUGUGUCCUGAAGGAUUUAUAGCAGAUCAUAAUGGUAUAUGUGAACGUAUCGAUUAAAAUCAAGUUAAAGUGUUAAUUUUUAAUAAAUAUAUGGACAAUUAUAAACAAACAUUUAAAA